GAUUCCUUUACGUUUCGAUGUGUCGUAGGUACCUAUAUCCUAUUGUAUUGUAUACAUACAUCGUAUUCGUAUCCGAGACGUAGUGUUUUUUGAGUUAGCUGUGAAUCUCUUAGAUAAUAUCAUUUAUUUUACUUAACACUACUUAAUAAAUAAGACAUUGGUUAUUAUAUUGUUAAGGAAUAUUUUCAGUAUUAAUAAUCAAAAUGAUAAGUGGUCGCCCAUUGCAUUUCGUGUUCAAAGUUGCAGACAGAACACUUACCGCUAAAUUCUAUAGGGAAAUCCUGGGAAUGAAGGUACUUCGUCAUGAAGAAUUCUCAGAAGGAUGUGAGGCUGCAUGCAAUGGACCAUAUGCAAAUCGCUGGAGUAAAACCAUGAUAGGUUAUGGACCAGAAGACACACAUUUUGUGGUUGAACUUACCUAUAACUAUGGUAUUACAAGUUACGAGUUGGGAAAUGACUUCAUCGGGCUCACACUUCAGUCUAGUGAGGCUCUAAAGAGGGCUGCAUCUAAUAAAUGGCCGGUCAAGGAACUUAAUGGCCAAAAGUAUUUGGAAGCUCCUGAUGGAUAUAAGUUCUUCAUAAUUGACAAGCCUCAACCUGUUGAUAAAGAUCCAAUAGUGAAGGUAUCUCUGGCGAGCUCCAACCUGAGCCGGUCCGUCGCCUACUGGAACGGUCUGCUGGGCCUCAAGAUCUACGAGAAGAGCGACAAGAGUGUGUUGGUGGGCUUUGGAGAAGACCAGGUCAAGCUGGAGUUGGUUGAUAUCGGUGGGCCAGUGAACCGCGCAAAGGCAUACGGCCGCAUCGCGUUCUCGUGCCCGUUCGAACAGCAGCCGAUGAUCGACCAGAAGAUCCAGGCUGCCAAGGAGACCAUCCUUACACCCCUCAUUUCCCUGGACACCCCCGGAAAGGCCACAGUCAGGGUCAUUAUCCUGGCUGACCCCGAUGGUCACGAGAUCUGUUUCGUAGAUGAUGAGAGUUUCCGUCAGCUGUCCCAGUUCGACCCUGCCAGCGACGCUGACUUGGACAAGUUCAUCAAAUCGGACAAGUCCAGAGCUAAAUAAGAUGUUUACUGUGUCAUUGAGAAUGAUCGUCAGAUAUAUAUCAAACCAUACGCCGAAUAUUGUUCAAUAUGAAGUAUAUUCGUUUAUUUUGUUGAUUUUUUUCACUGUUAGUGCAAUAAUGAGUGCAUCAAACAUUUAUAAUUUAAUUUUCACUGUAAGCUGACUUGACAUUGUUGUAUAGAUGUCAGUUUUAGUAACUUUACCGUUAAUAUUGUUACUAAUAAUCAACAUAGAACAAAACUACAGUUCAUUGUAUUUUGCUGGAUAGUUACGUUUUGAUGUCAAAAAAUUUUCUUUUCUACUACAUUUUUCUACUAUACCUAUAGCAACAUUGUUUUCAUAAUAUAUUUGAAUAAGUUUGGGCUAUAUUCAAUCCAAGCAUUUUUAAUAACAAGGAAACUGCUGACGUUGUAUGCUAAGUUCGGAUUAGUUCUUUGUGUUUUUUGUCAUAAUCUGUGGACAUUCUACAUUUAAAAUGUAAAUGUGAUAAAGAUUUUUUUAUCGUUACAAAUGUGUUUUUAAAAUAUUCGUUUGUUUCACGUGACCAUUCCCAGUUGGAAUAAUUAUAAGUUCAAAAUAUUUUUAUAUGUGUUAAAUUUGUUAUGAAAUAUUUUAGUAAUGUAUUAUUGAUACAUACUUAAUUAACGUUGAUUCAUUAUAGUGCCUAAUAUAAUGUACGACCAAUAUUAA